AUGCGCUACGAUGAUUGGGACGUGAUCCUCUUUCCCCGAGACUCCCAUGUUCCGAUUCAGGAGUUCAAGACCGCUUGCUUUGUCUCGCAAGUUGACUACGGGCGCCAACUGCCGACAUUGACCUGCUUCAUCACCUCGCUACCACCCUCGACGCCAUUCCGUAUCUCACUUCAUUCAUGGCGUACAACCUUGAAAGCUUCGGCGCUCCUCGAGUCCCAACGCAAAGGCAAUCAAAAAAUAGUUUUCGCCGUUCAGGUCAUUGUGGGCGAGGCCAGGCUCUUUCACGGCUUCUUUGACUUGAGUACGAAAUGGCCUCAAGAGAUUGCCUACGAGAAGAGGUCGCUCACCUACAAUGAUCUGCCUUCGAGCCAGCGGAAACGGCCUCUCGAGUUCCCUCCGUUCCACAACCUUACGCUCACGAAUAACAUUUGGGAUGCUCGUGACCCAUAUGGGCGCAUACGAGUCGUGCUGUCAGAACAACUAAUCAGCAAAACGCCAAGUCCUGGGAGUUUAGACUUUGGUACUGCCAACGAGAUUGUUUGCUUCUCAUUUCAGCAUGCACCAAAAGACAUCCUCCAGCAGACCGGAAUCUCGUGGCCAAUCUCGAAUCCACUCUACCUCCCCGAUGGGUUUAACCGGGACAGCCAGUACUCUCAGGCAUCUCCAACAACUUCGUGGACCCCUGAUGCGAAUCCUUUUAGAGGAAACAUGCACAUGCAAACUCCACAACUGCAUAAUUCACAACCCAUGUUCACUAGGUCGAAUGAUACCGAGCCCAAGAGACAAUCCAACGCGCACCUGCCACCUGUUCCACACUUUACAAAGCAUUUUGUUCCACCCACUAGCCACACUCGUCGUGCAACUACAUGGGAUGACGCAUUCAGCACGCUCAAUCACAAUGGCGAUACUGCUAGCAUAGACGACUGGUCAGAAAAGAGGAAGACAUCCGCGUCGUCUGAUCACCGUAUGCUGAAUUGCAUGUACGACUCACAUGCAUUGGCCAAUGACCUGCCAUGGGUGGGUAACAUGUCUCAGCAUGUUCCGAGCGAAAGUAUAGACUGGGACGAUUACUCAAAAACCCGAAAAGAGAAGCAACUUGUGGUUACGCUUCGGGAUGACCAGUUGGGUCAGAUAAUCGACGCCAUAAGCCCACCAAAGCAUAACCGUGAGAUUUCUCGGAUGCCUGGUGGACCCUUUCAUGAGCCAGCUAGUCAACAAGCCGCUCACACUUACUAUCCACCGAAAUUUGGAACUGCUCCGCCAAUUAAACGUCCGUCCUCUGGGGCUCUGGCUCGCAAAUCGUCGUAUCAAGAUUCCAGCAGUAUCUUACGAAACGUCUCGAACAAGCCGUCAACGCAUAAACAUUACCCCCAAGACGAUGGGAAAGACAGAAUAUCUACAAGACCACGCCCAUCUAUCCCAAGUAACAAGGAGGAUAUUGCAUCAUCUCAACUGCGAUUGCCAACACCAUUUCCCCAUGCCAAUCGCGUUCCAACACCGAACCCUUUUGCUCAGGGGCAGCCAGCAACCAUGUCAGAAUUAUCAAUGAGAGGUUGGUCCUCAACUCAGGCAAGCGCGCAUCGUAUCAACCGAAGCGAGGCGCCACAGUCAGCCACCGAAAUCAGCAUGCUCGGCUCAGCUCAUGGGCCGUCAAAUUUUAACUUCAGGAGCAGAAAGGAGGGCUUGGUGGCUGAUUCGCCAAAGCUGCCAGACCAAGCAACUCGGCAAUAUGACUGUUCGAUGCCAACAGCCAAUUCGGAUUCUCAAGUAGAACAAAGCUUUGUUCAGGAAGCACAGGGUAAUUCAACGCAAAACGAUCGAAAGGUUAUACCUGGACUAGUCGAAAUCAUCGACGUCGAUGCCGUUGACCCCACUUUAAAUACGACUGCGGUAGUAGAUACCAACAAACUCUCGCCAUUCAAACCUAGCCACAAGUCUCGUAUUUCGCAAUCAAGCAUCGAUAGCACGGGCCGUUUGGAGAGACAGUUGUUUAGUGCUCUAGGGGAGGAACUUGGUAGUUUCGAUCAUCACCAUCAUCAUCAGAUCGAUACCACGGAUAUGGGGCCUGAGCUCAUGCAUGCUCUGGGUGGUGACGCGAGGACGAAUUCCGAACUCAGCGGUUCUGCGAUACUCGGCUUAGCUAUGAGUGACUUUGAGCCUGCGGUCAAACGGAAGAGGCAAGGUACUCUGGGUGGACGCAGUAGCGGGAGUCCAAUGAGUAAGAAGGAGAAGGCUGAUGGGGUGGAAAGUAAGGAACAUAGGGAGGUGGUGGUUAGUAUGAGAGGAGACUGA